AUGAAGAAGCUCUCUGGCUGGAGAAGGACGGCUCUUUACCUUACCAUUCUCGCUUCAAUCCUCACAGUCUUCCUAGUCACAGCACUUAUCAUAUCCCUUCAUGUAGUCAACGGCGGCGGAGCAUCUAUCUUUGGAGAAACGGCCAUCUUGAACGGUUCAUGCGAUAAAAUUUCUCGUGCAAAUCUCUGGAUCCAUCUCGCCAUCAACGUCAUCGGAACAGGCGUCCUCGGCUCGUCAAAUUUCUUCAUGCAAGUCCUCGUUGCUCCAACAAGACAAGAUGUCGAUCGCGCUCAUGCUGUAAAGCGCUGGGUAGAAAUAGGCGUUCACUCUCUUCACAACUUUCGCUUUAUUUCGAAGCGUCGGAUAUUCCUUUGGGCGCUCUUCUCACUUACCAGUAUUCCUCUACAUUUGGUCUUCAACGGUUCCGUUCUGGAGUCCAAGGCGACGAAUGGAUUUGUGGCCAUCAUGGUUUCGGAGGAUUUUCUGGACGGUGCAAGAUUUACUCUUCCGGCUGUGACGACUUGGUCCAACUACACAUAUCUUGUGAACAGCGACAGCGCCCCCAACAAAACCAUCAGGAGUAUAAAGAGCUCUCUAGAUGAAGAGUCUUGGGAGCGCUUGGAAUUUCAAGACUGUAUGCGACGAUAUAAUGACCUUGACGUUCUUAUGCUAAAUCACCGGCAUGUCGUUAUGAUCAUGAGCAGCCAGAAUAACACGCCUAGCUCUCAAUGGACUCGAGCCAAUGUCGUUAAAGAAAAUAAUGGCUGGUACGAUUUCGAUGAACCAAAUUCCCUCUGGUUCGCAGGCCAGUAUCAACGGUUGAGAGAUUCACGCGGGCUCAUCACCAACUCUACUAAUAAUAAUACGGUACCUGGUUACUAUAUGCAACUCGAUCCAGACACUGGAAUCAUUCACACGAACGAAACAAAGUAUAAGUCCGCGUUUCAAACGAUGAAGGUUGACUACUGUCUCUCCGAACGAUUUGAUGCUCCCUGUCGCCUGAGCAUUGCAAAUCCUCUUCUUCUUAUUGUCUGCAUCAUGUGUAUCUCCAAGUGCCUACUAUGCGCUUAUACCUUGAAGGUCAGGUCUUGGAGUACUGAAAAUCCUCUCAUGACUGUCGGGGAUGCGAUUUCAUCCUUCAUCUCUAAGCCAGAUACCUGCACAAAGGGAAUGUGCACACUCGACGCUGAGGACCUGUAUAUGAAGCUCGAUCCAGAUAGUGCACUCGGCAGUUCACGGCCAUGGAAGAAGAAACAGUUAGUGGUUGGCAAUGCAGUAAAUCCGGGUGUUUGGAUCCUUUCUUACAUGCUUAUUGGAAGUCUGUUGGUUCUCAGUGGACUCCUCCUUGCACCUGCACUGCAAACGCAAUCUUUGCGAGAGUCACGAUUCGCACAUCAUCAGAAAAACGCCGACGUCAACGAUGCGGGGCUCAAGUCAGCAUCGCUGCUUGGUCUUACGAUGAUAUCCAAUACACCGCAACUCCUAUUAUCUCUAUGCUACAUGACGUUAAAUGGGCUGAUAACUCGAAUGCUGGCUGAGUUGGAAUGGGCUAACUAUGGGAUUAACUUCAAGGCUUUAAGAGUGACGAACCCUAGUGGUGGCCAACGAUCAACAUAUCGACUGCAACUCCCUUACCGCUGGUCUAUUCCACUUCUUGCGAUUAGCAGUAUAUUACACUGGGUUUAUUCUAACUGCUUUUAUUUGAGUAACUACGAAUUCUAUGACCCCAUGAUUCCUUAUGAAAUUGCAGAAGUUGAUCGUGGCCUUCAAUUCUCGUCUGUGGCCAUUUUGAUCGUGCAGUUUGCCGGGCCAGAUGGUUCUAGGAGGAAGCAACUCCAAGGUCAUUUCGGCUGCGUGCCACUGCAUUCCAAUCAGUUCAAGCAACACAACUGGAAAGGCUGGCGCGGUUACUGUUCAUCCCUUGGAGAUAUCGGAAAGCGGAAGCGGCCCAUUGGAUCUAAUGGCGACUGUGAAAUUGAGAUGGGGAGAGGUAUCAACAACAAACGCAGAUAG